CAAACGUCACUUGAACUUGACAGUGACGGUUGGUAGUAAUUUAGUGACACUAAUGACAUUGUCAAAAAUGUCAAACCAGUAGCUAGAACGUACGUAGUGAUUAUAUGCUCUUUGCCAGUAGCCUAUCGGUAAAUAAUGUAGGUACACUAUAAGCAAAAUCACAUUCAAACCAUAAAGAUAAGCAACAAAGACAAGCGAUAGUAUAUUGUGGCCUUUAGCCACAUUGCGUUGUUUCAGGAGAAUUAACCAUGAAGUUCUGUUCCAACCUUGCGUUUAUGUUCACCGAGGCGUCGAGUGUUUUGGAAAGGUACGCUUUGGCCAAAGAUGCAGGGUUUAAGGCAGUUGAGACUGGGUUUCCUUUGGGUCACACGGUGGAGCAAGUGAAGCAGGCCAAAGAAAAGGCGGGAGUUGAACAAGUUUUGAUCAAUCUUAAAACAGGAGAUGUUACAAAGGGUGAGCUAGGAGUUACUGCAGUGCCGGGGAAAGAGAAUGAAUUUAAAGACAAUCUCAAAUUGACAAUAGAAUAUGCAAAAGCUGUUGGUGCAAAGAAAAUACAUAUCAUGGCGGGUAGAUUAGAUACAGUGAUUUCUGAGAAUUGGACCACAUAUGAAAAUAACUUGAAGUAUGCAGCCGAGCUGCUCAAGGAUGACAAUAUUUUAGGAGUGAUUGAGCCGAUAAAUCAACAUUCUGUCCCAAAAUACUUUUUGAGUGACUAUGGCAAAGCUGUAGACAUCAUAAAACGCAUUAAUAGUCCGCACAUAAAGCUCCAACUGGAUAUCUUCCACCUUCAGCAUAUAUGUGGUGAUUUAUCUCACAACAUAAAAAAUCUUAUGCCUUAUGUAGGCCAUGUACAGAUAGCACAAGUACCGAAUCGUAACGAACCAGACACUGUUGGAGAGGUUAACUAUUCAUACGUCUUACAACAUUUGGAGCAGUGUGGAUACAAUGACUGGAUCGGCCUAGAGUACAAGCCUGCUGCCGGCAGUAAGGCUGGACUCAAGUGGAUACAAAACUUUGGAAAUGCGCCCAAGGCUGACAAUAGUAUUACUGAUGCUGCUACUAGUAUUACUGAUAGAGAUAGUACAAAGUUAGAAUUGCAUAAUAUCACUAUCAGAGAGAACGCCUUAGUAAAAGAUGUCAUGAUGCAAGGCAUUGUAUUCAUGUUAGCGCAUCAUUGUCAAAGGUCCCUUGAACAAACACAGAAUUUGAAGGUGUCAAACCUACAUAAUCAUCUAAGGGGGUGUGAUAAUGAUGGAUAAUACAGGAGUGUGUUAGUCAAAUAUUAUAAAUGAUGUUUCGGCCAUAAGCAAGUAUUAUAUUAAAAGUGAGUCCAGCACUAAUGACAUAAAAAUUAUCAUUGCAUCUCAAUAAAUUAAAUAUACUAAGUGAUAUUUAUA